AUGGUAGGGAUUUGUCGAAUGGGUGGAAUAGGCAAAACAAUAAUUGUUAGAGCAGUAUGCAAUUUAAUUACUGAUUCAUUUGAAGCCUUUUGCUUUGUUGCUAAUGUCAGCAAAAAUUCACAAAAGCACGGCCUAGCAUACCUCCAAAAAAUGCUUCUUUCUAAACUGGUUGGGGAAGAUCUCAACUUCGUUGACAUCAAUCAAGGAAUUCCAAUAAUGAAACAGAGGCUUCACAGAAAGAAAAUUCUUCUCGUUCUUGAUGAUGUUCACGAGACAAGGCAAUUGCAAGCCAUUGCUGGGGCACUUGAUUGGUUUGGUUCUGGAAGUAGAAUCAUUGCAACAACAAGGGAUAAACAUUUACUAGCAAGACAUGGUGUUGAAAGAAUCUAUGAAGUAGAGAGUUUAAAUGAAAAUGAAGCUCUUAAACUACUUAAAUGGAGUGCCUUUGGAGAAAAUAAAGUUGAUCCAAGUUUUAUGGACAUGUUAAACAAUGUAGUACUCUAUGCUGGUGGACUUCCAUUGGCUUUGGAAGUUAUAGGUUCCAACUUGUUCAAUAGGGGAAUCAAUGAUUGGAAUUCUGCAUUAGAUAAUUAUCGAAGAAUUCCCAACAGAGAGAUCCAACAGGCACUCAAAAUGAGUUAUGAUGCCUUGGACGAAUUUGAGAAGGAAAUUUUUCUUGAUAUUGCUUGUUGCUUUAAAGGUGACAGCUUGGAAUAUGUCACAAGUGCUCUGUAUGCUCGUGGCAUAUGCCCAGAUUAUGGUAUUAAGGUGUUGAUUGAUAAAUGCCUCAUAAAGAUUGACAAUGGCCGUGUUACAAUGCAUGGUUUGAUUCAAGAUAUAGGCAAAGAAAUUGUUCGGCAAAAAUCACCAAAUGAACUAGGCAAAUGCACUAGAUUGUGGUUUCAUGAAGAUAUUCUUCAAGUUUUAGAGGGAAACAAGGUAUGUUAA